GACACUGUGUUCUUGAACCACGUGUUAGUGACCUGCAUGUGCUUUUUCACCAUUUUUUUGUGUUUUUUUUUUUGGCCUUUACUAUUGCUCUGGAGUAAGUUGGUACUAGUUUUGUUGUUUUCUGUGCUCUGGAUCAGCACAGAAUGGUGUUAGUUAGAUCAAUGGGUUAAUCUUUACUUACGUGGACUGUCAUGGCCUGCUUUCCGGAAUGUCAACAGCAUUCAUCUUUCGAAGUAAAUUUGAAUAAUUUUAUCAUCUGUUUUUCGCUUUUGGCUGUCUUUCGCAAUGGGUGUUAGUGAAUGGACGUCGCUUGAUUUUUUUCGAUGCUUAGAUUCGCAGUUUCCAGAGUUAGAUGUUGACAAGAGAAUUUCAUCUGAUGUUAAAUUUGCUAUUAAGUUCAGCCUACAACCUGUUGAUGCUGAUUGCAACAAAUGCGAUGGUCAGCGGAAACUGUUAUUUAGAAAAGACACUGAUUUUAUUUAUUUUAGAUGCUACAAAUGUAAGACAAACAGUUUACCUCUUGAAGGAACCUUUAAAGGUAAAUUCGGAAAGAAUUCGUGGGCCACUAUUUUUUCAUUCAUAUGGCAUCUUAUUUGCAUCGAGUGCUCGUUGAGUGCCACGUGUUUGGCGGUAGGAGUGAGUUCAAGAACGGCUACUGACUGGGGAAAUUUCAUAAGACAUGCAAUGAUGAUUUCCUUGCACAAUUUAACAAAAAUUAAAAUAGGAGGACCUGGUAAGAUUGUUGAGGUCGAUGAAAUUGUUGUAAGUAAAAGGAAGAAUAAAAAAGGGAGGAAAUUGAAAGGAACUUGGGUUGUAGGUGGAAUAUGCCAAGAGGACAAAUCAUGUUUCCUGUGCCAAGUAAAAGAUAGGUCUGAAGCAAGCCUUAAUUGGGUUGUUAAUACAUUUGUUCAUUCUGGAACCAUUGUCUACACAGAUGAAUGGAAGGAUUACACUCAUAUAGACGAUUUACAAGGACUCGAUAUUCAUCAUGAAACAGUAAAGCAUGCUGAAAAUUUUGUUAAUCCUGUUACGGACAUCCAUACUCAAAGUAUUAAACAAUUGUGGGGUUGUUUAAAGAACAAAAAGAACCUUCCAAUUCAUUAUACCGACGAUCUGUGUGAUUCUUAUUUAUAUGCCUUUAUGUAUAAAAAGCUUUUGAAAUGGGAAACAUUAAAACCAGGAGAACGAUUCGAAUUGUUUCUUCAUCAUUUAAGUAAGAUUCAUCCUGGAGCCAGUCGUGUGCCAAUAUGGAAGGAACCAGAAACUGUUCCCACAGCCCCAAAAGCUAUCACCAAGAAGGAAAAUGUAAAGAGAAAAAAAGAAGAAAUGUGUGUUAAAAGCAAAGGGAAAGAAUCAACUGAAUUAACAAAGCAGGAUGCCCCUACUGAUGUCAGAGAAUCUAGUUCUAUGUACAAGAAGCAUAAUAAAAUGGAGUAAAACUAUAUUAAUCUUAAUUAUGGAGAGUGAAUUUCAACAGAGUUUCAAUAUAAGGAAUAAUUUUGGUUGUAAUAAUGCAAUAGGUAAGAUGAUUAAGACUUCUAAUCCCUAUAAUAUAUUUUAUAGCUAUGUCCAUGUAAGGGAAAUGUUAACUUGAUAACAUUUGAUAA